AUGUCUGAUAUUGUUCACCCCACUAUCAAGGAUGGCUGGUUCUCUGAGCAGUCUGGUAUGUGGCCUGGUCAGGCCAUGAACCUCAAGGUUAACCAGAUCCUGCACCACGAGAAGUCCAAGUACCAGGAUGUCCUCGUUUUCGAGAGCAGCGACUACGGCACUGUCCUUGUCCUCGACAACGUCAUCCAGUGCACUGAGCGCGAUGAGUUCUCCUACCAAGAGAUGAUCACUCACCUCGCCAUGAUGUCCCACCCCAACCCCAAGAAGGUCCUUGUCAUCGGUGGUGGUGACGGUGGUGUUUUGCGUGAGGUCGUCAAGCACGAGACCGUCGAGGAGGCAAUCCUGUGUGACAUUGAUGAGGCCGUCAUCCGUGUCUCCAAGAAGUACCUGCCCGGCAUGAGCAUUGGCUUCCAGCACCCCAAUGCCAAGACUCACGUCGGCGACGGCUUCGAGUUCCUUAAGGCCCGCAAGAACGAGUUCGACGUUAUCAUCACCGACUCUUCUGACCCCGAGGGUCCUGCCGAGAGCCUCUUCCAGAAGCCCUACUUCGAGCUCCUCAACGACGCUCUCCGCGAAGGCGGUGUUAUCACUACCCAAGGUUCUGAGAACCAAUGGCUCCAUCUUUCCCUGAUCACCGACCUGAAGAAGUCAUGCAAAGAAGUCUUCCCCGUCGCUGAGUACGCCUACACCACCAUCCCCACCUACCCCUCUGGCCAGAUUGGCUUCAUGGUUUGCUGCAAGGAUGCUACCCGCAACGUUCGCGAGCCCGUUCGCACCUGGACCCGCGAGGAGGAAGAGAAGCACUGCCGCUACUACAACCAGGACAUCCACCGCGCCAGCUUCGUCCUGCCCAACUUUGCCCGCAAGGCUCUUGGUGCUUAG